CACAUUUUAGUGCUCAACCACUCAAGACGUGUAGUACUUCGUAAAUUAUUCUCUAGUAUUUUUCGUCAGAUUACAAGUGUAAAAUACGUACAUACGUGUAAAAUGCCCAAAAGGAAGCAGGAUAAGGAGUAUAAGCAUUUGCUUAACAAAAUUAAAAAGUUAGAACGUAAGGUCAGUCGGAAGCGUAUUAUUUCAACAUCGUCGGAAGAUGAGGACUCAGUGCAAAGAUCCUCACGUUGUUCGUCUGCGGAAAAGACUACAAACUCAGCAUUGGCGGCUUUAGGCCCACAAGACUGGCUAGCGACCCACGAUACCGUGGAGUUCGAAAAUGAUUGCCACGUUACACCCGAAUCCCCCCUCGAUGAGGUUAAUAUGGAACCUAUCCUUCAUACAGUUCAAGUUCACACGACCCCCGACGUAGUCCCAGAAACGACUGCCGAAAUAGUCCCGGAAACGACCCCCGUUGUUGCGGAACAGAUUCCGGAGGACAACGUACCAGGCCCAUCUUCAGUUCCAGAUGGUCAUCAGGAUGAAAAUAUCACAAUUACGCUAGCAAGCGAUGUGCUUGAAAUUUUGGGCGAGGACCCGUCUGCUACUAAAAAUUAUGGCCCUGACGUGCACACUGAAAUAGCAACACGUUUUCAGCAUAUUGCUACAAAUGGCCUCAGCAAGGAAAUGCGUAAGGAGUUAAUGGCCAAAUAUUUAACUCCUGAAAAUUGCUGCCACAUCGCUGCACCUGCCUUGAACCCAGAAAUAAAGGCUGCAAUCCCAGAAAAUUUCGUAAAAAGAGACAAGGGUAUUGAAACAAAGCAAUCUCAGCUGGCAAGUGCGAUUGCUUGCUUGUCGGAGGUCUUGUCGUCGCAGCUGAACAGCAAAACUAAAAACAACGACAUGCUCUCGCUAAACUGA